AUGUAGAUAAAGAUUUAUAAGACCCAGGGCACAUUCAUCGAAAAAAAAAACAAACUGACCAAAAAAAGGCAUGCGUACUAACUUUACUGAAUAAAUAAGUUAGGUAAAAAUCAAAACUAGGCACCAACAAAUAAAACAUAAAAGACAAACAAAAAUUUUCAAGGAUUCCACUGAAAAUUAUGAGUGGAAUUCCUCAAAAUCACUCACAAUAAUAAACCCGGUACUUCAGAUAUAGAUUUCAUACAUAGGUACAUAUCACGUCAAUAUCCCUUGCGUGGUAGACAGAGCCAACAGUCUUGAAAAGACUGAUAGGCCACGUUCUGAUAUUUGGCUUAAUGAUAGUAUUGAGAUUCAUAUAGUGAUAGGUAGUAGGUUGUUAGCCCAUCACCUUUAAGAAGAAAACUAAGUUUACAAGCCUUUCCCGAUAACCUAUAUACAUUUCAGCUGACAAUAAUUUUCAUUCACAUAUGUACGAAGAAACUAUAGAUAGUGUACUAUCCUAGCGUAAUUCAUUAAAGCAUUCAUAAAUAAAAAAAUGAUGUAAGCUAUUUCAUGUUUUAGUUUGUUUGCAUCAUACCAUUACAAUAAAAAUGCAAUUAGGAUUUUUUUCUACCAUUUCUUUAUUACUAAAAAUGUUCUAUACAAAUACGGCAACGGGGACCCGCUAUCCCGCUCUGGAAGCAGGUAAGAAGUGAUUAAGGGGCCUAUAUAUACCUCGGCAAACCUGCAGCUAGAGCAUUUCACAACCAACAGCGACCAGGCAAGGACCUACCUCGUGCGACGAUCAGAACUCACAAAUAUAGAAGAGAUGGAGACCCAAAAUUUGAUUAAACAAGCUGAAGAAAUUGGCGCUCUGGCAUCCAUUUACGGUGACGACUGGAUCGUAGAAAGUGACAGCGCAAAAUCUUUCUGCGUCAGAAUAGCGGAGAAAAGAGAAGUGUUACUGUAUGUGACAAUGCCGCCCAAUUACCCGGACCAGGCGUCUGCGAAGUAUGAGCUGUCGGCGCCAUGGAUGGACAGGAAGAGCAAGGAAGCGCUGCAUGAGGCCUUGGAUCAAGUUUCAUUGCAAAACGCCGGUGGGGCCACUAUAUACCAGUGGGCUGAGAAAAUUCGGGAAAUCGUGCGCGUGCUCGAACGCAAAUCUGAGAAGCGCACGACUACAAAGAAACCCACUAAAUGCAAUGGUGGUGACGCCGCGACAGCACACACGUGCCCGCCCAUCACACACGCAGCGGUGAUCACUGACCGGCGCAGCAAUUUCCAAGGGCACGCUGCGCAAGUACACAGUGUAGCAGAUGUAGAAGCAGUACUCAAGGAACUGAAACUGAACUCUAAAAUCCAGAACGCUAAACACAAUGUGUUUGCGUAUAGGAUCUUAGUAGAUGGAAAAUUGCUUGAACACGACGACAACGACGGGGAGAGAAAAGCGGGCGGCAGGCUCCUGCAUUACUUGAAGAUACGGGAUCUGCAGAAUGUGGUCGUGGUCGUGACCAGAUGGUUUGGCGGCAUUAUGCUUGGCGCAGACAGGUUCAAGCAUUACACAGAAGCAGCCAAGCAGGCCGUAGAGAGCGCCGGCUUGGACCGCCCCACUGCGCCCAAGUUGACCAGCAAGUCACGGCGACGUUAGGGCGCUCGGAUUACGAUUACCAGCUUUGUAUUUACAAUUGUACAUUCAUACUAUCACGCUUGUUUCCCAUUGCGGUAGACUGACACCAAAGUUGUUUUAUAAGGUAGCUGAAGGGUUUCCAGUUGCUUUGCUCCCUACAGACCUCUCCACACUCAUUACUGUUUUCAUACAAAUUCGGAUUACGGGUACUUCCAAAAUCUUUCUUUGUAAAGACAAAUCAGUCAUUCGUCAUUGCAAGAAUUUUCCUACCUACCUAAUUGUCUAUCUACAGUUUAUCAUGUGGGACAUUAUUUUAUAAGUAAUUAGACCUAAGUGUUAGACCAAAGGCUAAAACAUAGCUUAUCUGAACUAGUCGUCACCCUGUGAACUUCCUUAUGAAAAUACAGGUUACAGAUAAGUUGAGUAUAAGACUGAGUUUGCCACAAUUAAAUUUAGUAGCACUCUGUAUGUACAUAUAUAGUUCAUUAUUAUGUGA